AUGUGAUAAGCGUGGAGCAAUAAUUCAAUCAUUUGGAUAAACCCAAUACCGUUGGGGGUGUGUGAAAGAUUGGACUAUAAAUGUUGAGGGUCAAACGAAUUCGAGCAUGACUUUUGGUUCACACCUUCAUCACUCUCCAUCAUGCAGUGGUACACCGUCAGCUGCCUGCUUGUAGUGGGUUUAAUUGCCAAUGGUUUUGCGAUUGACGAUCGCAAGUGGCAGUUAGCUCCCGAUGGCAAUGGAAAACUGCACCUGAUCAACACCAAUCCUUACGAUCUUCCCGACACGGACAGCAACGCUGCACCACGCUUCGUGCCCCAGCAGGACAUCAUUUUCCGUCUGUUUACCCGUGCCAAUCCAACGCAACCACAAAUUCUGCAACUAAACAACCCAGGCUCGCUCACCGGUUCGAACUUCAAUCCAUCCCAUCCGACGCGCUUCACCAUUCACGGCUGGAACAACGAUGGUUCGCACUUUAUGAAUGCACAGAUCCGUGAUGCAUACUUCCAGCGGGGAGACUUCAAUGUGAUCACCGUCGAUUGGGGUGUUGGUGCAAUCAAUCCGAACUACAUAACCGCGCGCAACUUUGUUGGACCGGUAGGAAACACGAUUUCGCAGCUGAUCGAUCAGCUGAUCGCGAGUACCGGCGUGAACCCGGACAACAUCUACAUCAUCGGAUACAGUUUGGGGGCUCAUGCUGCCGGAAGCGCCGGUAAAGCACAGAACGGACGUAUCAACUCAAUUAUUGCACUGGAUCCGGCAGGACCGCUGUUUGCCUUUGGACAGAAUGAUGCCGUCUCUCCGGCGGAUGGACGGUACGUUGAAACGAUUAUGACGAAUGCUGGUUUGCUUGGUAUCAAUACGCCACUCGGACAAGCCAACUUCUACCCUAACGGGGGACGCACGCAGCCCGGUUGUGGAGCGGACAUUGGAGGCAGUUGUGCUCAUGAUCGUGCACCGAUGUUUUUUGCCGAAUCGAUCAUCACUAGCACACCGUUCCGUGCGACGCGUUGUGUAGAUCAUGGACAAAUAUUGGCCGGUAGCUGCACGUCUUCUGGGCCGGAUGCCAAUAUGGGUGGUCAACCGUCGAACUAUGGUCGUGGUGUGCAGGGUGUAUACUACCUUCAAACUAACGAUGCUUCGCCGUUCGCUCGGGGUUAA